UUACUCUGUUCGUAUCUAAUUUUUUGCUAGUAAAAUGGAAGUGAUAAGUUAUUGGGAGCCUGUUGUCUCUGCAGAAUCAAACUCCAAGAGUAAGGAAACGAAGAGCCAGAACACAUCAAGCAGAGAAGCGAGUUCGUUUAAUCAGGAACAAAUUGCACACCCAUGUCAUCUUAGUUCUUCAAUCUACUAUGGUGGUCAGGAUGUGUAUCCCCACCCCCACAAUACCCAAAACCCUGCAACUGGAUUGAACUCUUCCAUUAAGAAAGAUGGGGAAGAAGAUGAUGAUGAUUCGGGUGGUGCUUCCAGAGGAAACUGGUGGAAAGGCUCUCUCUACUACUGAGAAUCUCACCUGCCGGUCAUGGCAUCAUCCCCCAUCAAGGUACAUAAGAACCUCUAAUAUCUAGGACAUCUUAUCGUUACAUCUUCCAACACAGAACCAGCAUGAAUUAUUAAGUUAAGUAAUGUUUAAAGUAUGUACAUAUAUAAUAUGCUUCUGUAUUUGGUAUGGAGAAAUGGAUAUGGAGACGGGGGAAUCUGGAACUGCUUGCGAAUAUUAUAUAUCCUUAGCCUCGUAUGCUGCUUAUCUUUUAUCACCUUAAUUAUCCGAGGAAUGAUUCUUAGAUGUUUCUUAAAAUGGUGAAAAUGUGU